CCAUGUUGGCCCCUCUGCGCGCGAGCGCCUCCACGGGGCGCGGCGAACGCGCAGGCAGGGCAGCCGCUGGAUGGCGGCCGCCGAGGCAGGCCCCGAGCAAGGCGCGGCGGCGCCCGCGCCAGGGCCCACGCUGGCGCGGGGCACCAAGCGGGCGCUGAUCGCCGACGUCGCGGCCGCGGCCGCGGCGGGCGGCCUAUCUCGGAGGACGACGCCAAGGGGCUCGCAGCUGCCCGGAGGUUUGCGGCGACGCUGCAAAAGGACUACGGAUGGAAGUUUAUGGUCAUGCUCGCGAGUACCUACGUAGGCCUCAAGGGGCUGGUGAACGGCGUGGUCGUGUCGGGCCAGCUGCCGUACUACAGGAGCAGAGGCGUAGCCGCCGCCGUGUACCAGGACAUGCAGACCAUCUCUCGACUGCCCUGGGGCGCCAAAGGGCUGUUCGGCGUGGUCUCCGACUCCUGGCCGGUGCUGGGCUACCAAAAGCCGGAUAUCGUCAUUUCUGGGGUGAUGGCCACAUGCUCUCUCAGUUUGCUGGCCUUUGCCAGGGAAGUCCCAGUCCAGGUCGCCGCUGCGUGCUUGUUUUUGGUGCAGCUUUACGUGGCCGUGGCGGACCUGCUCUGCGAGGGCAAGUACGCGGAGAUCAUGUCUUCCCAGGGCGGCAGCUCCACAGUGGUCACGUACGUCUGGGGUUGCGUCAUGCUGGGCAGUCUGCUCAGCUCCUGCAUGGUCGGGCCCAUGGCCGACUUCCUCACCAAGGCGAAGGCCGUCCCGCUCCUGUUCGCCAUCGGGAUCCCCUGCUCCGUGCUCGCGCUGUGGCCGGCACUGCGGGGCUACCUGCCAGAGGAGCGUCAGACCAGCUGCGCGUGCAAGACCGGCCAGAUCUUCGAACACAGGAAUCAUUGA